UAUCACUAUACUGUCUUUAUUCCGCGCCAGUUCCACCCUCUUCGACGCUAUCGCCCAGGAACUCACCCUCCUUGUCCUUCACCACUGUGCGACCCUUUCACUAGACGCUGCACACACAGGGACAUCAGAGCCCGCUCCGAAUACUCUCGCCAUUCCAAACACUCUUCAGCUGGAUUGACUUCAUCUGCUGUCACAAUGUCGUUCCUCAACGUCGCCGCACCCUCGCCAACCCCAUCCAACUCGUCUGCAAAUGGCGCAAAGCGCAAGCGCCCUGCAGAGAAUACCAGCGUCGUCUACUCGCAGCCAGCGGACACAGGCACCGGUGACCACGUCUACACGCAAUUCGGCUUUGCCCGUGACCACCUUAAGGAGGGGCUAAAGCAGCUCACCUUUGAGGAGGUCAUGAAGUAUCUGAACGUUAGGGAAGAUCAGCCGAACUGGAAGCAGCUGCGCCAGCUCUUUCACUCCCCAUCGAAGGACAACCGGAUUGGCUUCGACCAUGCUACCGGGCUUUACCACUACAAACCGAAGCUCGCUAUUCGCAACCCCUCGCAGCUGAAGGCCUAUCUCCAGGCACAGAAGUCUGCGCAGGGACUCUCGAUCAAAGACCUUAAGGAUGGCUGGCCGAACGUGGCGGAUGAGAUCAGGCCCAUGGCGGCGAAGAAGCUCAUAAGGCUCAAGGAGACCAAGGACGGCAUACCGAAGACGGUGUGGGACAAUGACCCGUCGCUUGAGCAUACCAUGGAUACCCAGUUCAUUAGCGACUGGCACAAGAUCGCUAUUCCUGCCAACCCAGACGACAUGCGCAACACAUUGCUCAACGUCGGUCUGAACGUUGCCACCGCGCCGCGCGUGAUUGUCGACAAUACGCCGAAGCCGAAGAAGAAGCGUGCGCCGCGCAAGAACGGUAGGGUUACGAAUACGCAUAUGGCUCACGUCCUCAAGGACUUUUCUGGAUUGCGGAAGUAGAUUGUUCUUGAUCAUGCAUAGCGAUGGCGUUUGGGUCUCCACGUCUCUGGAGUUUGAGUUUUUCUCUCGGGCUGCAGCUUUAGCUACCCAAAAUUGAUACCAAAAUGCACAACAACACGGGGAAGGUAAAUGAGUACCACUUUCUUUGUCGCUUCGCAUCACACAGUAAGUGGAUAGAAAAUCGAAGAGAGCUUGGCGCCGGCCAGAGCAACAACCAACACAGUCUCUUUUAUGUCUGCAACAGGCUUGCCUCCUAUCUACCUAUCGUCACCAUUCUCUUUAUAUUCUGUCUUGUAUAUCUACCCUACUCAUGU